AUGCCCGUCCACAUCAUCGAGAACACCAUCGGUGGUCAGUUCGACGACGCACCAGAGGACAUCGAUCCCCGAGGCGAGCAUAAUUAUAUUGACAAUUCUGAGCCUGAAGACUCGGAUUUGGACUUGUCUUUCAAUCACGAUGACGACCUGAGCGCCAGCGACGCGUACAAAGUUGAGGACGAAGAUUGGGAGGUCGCCGAACGAGACUUUACAAAACAAUAUAACCGUCUGCGCCAGCAUGUCGCAGUACGCACAGGAAACGCCGAGGCGUACGGUACCCAAUCAUCCAUCGACCGUUCAAAUAAAGUCGCUGCCCUACCUGCAGUCAAUCAUCCUGCAGCUCGUCGUUCUUGUCAGAAUGCUACCUCUUCUUCCAUAUCUGCCAGUGCACCAAACGACAAAACUUCUGACCAGUUAGCAGCACUUGCGAAGUACUCUUCUCGGUUAGCGAAGAUAGAUGAUCCCUACACCAUGACGAUGGGGGUUGGUGUAAAUCGCAAGGGACCAAGCUCAUAUGCGAACCUGAAAGAUAAAUCCGAUCGAGCGACCAACGAACAAGUCCUGGAUCCCCGCACACGACUAAUCCUUUUCAAGAUGAUUGGAAGGGGUCUUGUUCACGAUGUGAAUGGGUGUAUCAGCACUGGGAAAGAGGCCAACGUCUACCAUGCCCGCACUCCUGGUCCUGACAUGCGCCAUAUAGCUAUCAAAAUAUAUAAAACAUCUAUCCUUGUAUUCAAAGAUCGAGACAAAUACGUGACAGGUGAAUACCGUUUUCGCCGGGGUUAUUCUCGCAAAAAUCCUCGGAAGAUGGUCAGACUCUGGGCAGAGAAAGAGAUGCGAAACUUGAAAAGGUUGAUAACUGCCAACAUUCGAUGCCCCGAGCCACUUGAAGUCAGGGAGAACGUGUUGGUGAUGGGCUUCCUGGGUAAUAAGGAGGGUUGGGCAUCUCCACGACUGAAGGAUGCAGAACUCUCUCCAGCCCAAGCCAGUGAUCUGUACAUCGAACUCCUCCUUGUUGUUCGCAAGAUGUAUCAUCAAUGCAAACUUGUCCACGCCGAUCUAUCCGAAUACAAUGUUCUCUUCCACGAAAACCAUCUUUGGAUUAUCGAUGUUUCUCAAAGUGUGGAACAUGAUCAUCCCUCUGCUUAUGAUUUCCUCCGAAGUGACCUCAAAAACGUGGAAGAUUUCUUCAGCAAGAAAGGGGCACGGGCCUUGUUGGGACUGAGGAAAUCGUUCGAGUUUGUCACCAGUGAAAGGCUAGCCGCAACAGGAGGAGGAGAAGAUUCGGACGAUGAAGCUAAUCUUAAACGAUGGCUUCAAGACCAGGAAAUGGGUCAAGAGGGCAAUAGCGAGCAGAAGAAUGACGACGCCAACGUCGGUGUGGACGACAAAAGCAAAGCUAUUGCACAUGAAGAUGCGGUCUUUUUGCAAUCAUACAUUCCUCGUUCAUUAAACGAAGUAUAUGAUCCCGAACGUGACGUCGACCUGCUUAAUCGUGGAGAGAGAAAGAAACUGAUUUAUGCUGAUACUAUUGGUUUGGUCGAUCAAACGCCACCACCGCCUUCGGGUGAAAAGAAGCGUCCCUUUGUGACUAACGCCAAGUCCGGUCUCGGAGUACGGUUUGACGAUUCGAUCGAGCGGGACGAGGAUGACUCGGGAUCCUUGACAAAGGCGUCGACUUCAAAGAAAAGCACGGAUGUCGACGGGGAAGAAAUUGAAGACUCUGAAGAAGUAGACCAGGAGGAAUCCCCUGACCCUUCAGGGGAUGAAGAUCCGGACGCUGGUCACAGGUCCGGGGAGGGAUUUCAGGACCGCACACCUCGAGGACAUAGACAUGAAGAUCGAGAAGCGAAAAAGGAACGGAAAAAAGCCGUCAAAGCUGAGGCAAAGGAGAAACGUAAAAAUAAGAUGCCGAAAGCGGAGAAGAAAAGGCUGACGAAGAAGACGAAAGGGUGAUUUACGCUGUUCCUGGGACCGAGAUCCAAGACUCGAUCCAAGCUCAACGCAAAGGAUCGGCCAUGGUACUAUGUGAUGCAUGCAAUUGGUCUAUUGUAUAAUACUUUUAGAUAUGUAUAGACAUAGGCAAGAUGGAAGAAAGGGUGUCGACCCAGAUUCUUAGGCAUCGGUAAUACAUCCCCUACUCGCAUUCUCUACGUUCUUCACGUAUUUGUAUAAUGUGCCCUGUGAGACCUUGAGCGGUGGAGCGAUCCAACCUUUUUUCCUUUUGGCCAUCUCCGAGUCGGAUACAUGUAAUUCAAUGGUAUUCUUCACAGCAUCGACGGAAAUAAUAUCGCCAUCUUUAACCAAAGCGAUGGGUCCACCAACUUGAGCUUCUGGAACGACGUGGCCUAUGCAGAAUCCGUGGGAGCUGACGAC